GGGAGGAUGCCCCUGGCUGCCUACUGCUUCCUCCGAGCCGUGGGGAAGGGCAGCUACGGGGAGGUGAGCCUGGUGCGGCACCAGCAGGACAGCAAGCAGUAUGUCAUCAAAAAGUUAAACCUUAAAAAUGCUUCCAACCGAGAGAGGAAAGCCGCAGAACAAGAGGCACAGUUGUUAUCCCAGUUGAAACACCCGAACAUAGUCACCUACAGAGAGUCCUGGCAGGGGGAAGAUGGCCUACUAUAUAUUGUUAUGGGCUUCUGCGAGGGAGGAGAUCUGUAUCACAAACUUAAAGAGCAGAAGGGUAAACUUUUGCCUGAGAAUCAGGUGGUGGAGUGGUUUGUCCAGAUUGCCAUGGCACUGCAGUAUUUACAUGAAAAGCACAUUCUGCACAGAGAUCUUAAAACUCAAAAUGUUUUUCUGACACGAACAAAUAUAAUCAAAGUGGGUGACCUGGGAAUAGCCAGAGUGUUGGAAAACCAGUACGACAUGGCCAGCACUCUCAUAGGCACACCAUACUACAUGAGCCCGGAACUCUUUUCUAACAAACCCUACAACUACAAGUCUGAUGUUUGGGCAUUAGGCUGCUGCGUUUAUGAAAUGGCUACACUGAAACAUGCCUUUAAUGCUAAAGACAUGAACUCUUUGGUUUAUCGAAUUAUUGAAGGAAAGUUGCCACCCAUGCCAAAGGAUUAUAGCCCACAGUUAGUAGAAAUAAUACGAACUAUGCUCAGUAAAAAACCUGAGGAAAGACCUAGUGUGAAAAGCAUACUACGACAGCCAUAUAUCAAGCACCAAAUUUCUUUGUUUUUGGAAGCCACAAAGGCGAAAGCAGCCAGAAGUCAUAAGAAAACAGUGAAUUCUGAACCUAAAGAUCCUUGUUCUGUGGUCCCAGUAAACAGGAAUGUUACACACCAGAACCACUCCUUUGAGCAAGCCAGGAAGUACAAAGUUAAUGAAGAAGACUGUAUUAUCAAAUGUAAAGCCACCAAAUUUUGUCCCUCAGAGAAACCAGCUGUUGAGUUGGAAAGAAAACCAAGCAAUAAUGAUUUGAACAACUUGGCGGACUCCUUAGCUACAGUUAGUGCAGUGAAUAUUGAUAUUUUACCAUCUGAAAGGAUGAAGUAUGGAAGUGAGAAGCGUGACAGUGAGCAUAUUCCAGAGAAUAAUGAAGCAAACUGUUUAAAUGUUCCAGGGAGUUCUAAAAUAACAUCAAGUAGCCCACUAAUUAAGGAAGAUGGACUACAGCAAAGAGCAAAGCAAACUUCUAAAACUGAAAAUGUUGAAUCUAAGCAGUCCUCUGUUGAUGCUAUAGAAGAAGAUGGUGACACUUUGAAACUCCUGCAGCCUGUAUCAAAAGACCAAAAGCAAACUGUCCUGAGCUUGGACUCUACUGAAAAGCUGCUAGCACCGUUUGUUCCUUUUGUAAUUCAAGAUGACGUCUGUCAUGGAGCUUUGGGAGAUGCUCAGGAAAAAAUUACUUCCCACUUGCAGCCUCAUAGUUCUGUCAGUGAACCCUCUCUCUCACGGCAGCGACGGCAGAAGAAAAGAGAGCUAGCUGAAGCCUGUUCAGAGAAGUUCAGAGCAGCUGCUCCUCGGCCUUUACCUUUUCCUUCAGAUGUGAACACAAAGACAGCACAGAGGUGUGCAGAGCAGCAUGCUGCUGAAGUCUCUGAAUCUGUAAAUAGCACCAAAACAAGUCAAGUUGCCAUUUCAAAGGAGCGGCCCUUGUCAGCAAGAGAACGAAGGAGGCUGAAACAGUCUCAGGAGGAGAUGUUUCCCUCUGUGAUUCCAGCAAGACGAUCGUCAAAUAGUGCAGUAGUUGAAGCAAAAUCACAUAUGGAAAAUCAUGUUAAAGUUGCUCAGUCCUCAUCAGAUCCCAGUAUUUCUCAGAGAAAGAGAGUAACCCAUUGCCUGUCUGAUGAUGAGUUAAGCUCUUCCACAAGCUCUACAGAUAAGUCUGAUGGUGAUUCCAAGGAGAAAAAAAGCAAUAUGAAUGAAAUGAAUGACUUGGUGCAGCUAAUGACAUGGACGCUGAAAAUGGACUCUAAGGAGAGCUCUGAAUCCUGUGUAACCUCGACUCCAGCCCCAGAGUUUAAACUUCAUAGAAAAUAUCGAGACACACUGAUUUUGCAUGGAAAAUCACCUGAUGAAUCGGAGGAAUUAAAAUUUGAAGAGAUUUCUUCAGAUAUCAUAUCAGUUCCUGACAAGAUUAGGAGAAUGGUUGAAAUCCUGAGAUCUGAUGUGGUGCAAGGAUUGGGAGUGAAACUUCUUGAGAAGGUGUACAGCAUCAUGGAAGAAGACGAUGAAGUGAAAAGAGAGCUGCAGUUGCGGGAGCACAUGGGAGACAAGUAUGCAAGUUACAGUGUGAAGGCACGCCAUCUGAAGUUUCUUGAAGAAAAUGUGAAAUUCUGACCAGAACUUUUUCCUUAGAGAAAAGGACUGUUUUAUAGCUCAUUUGAUAGAUUGGACCAGCUUACAAAACACGUUUAUCCAUUGACCUCCUUUGCUGGAAUAAGGAGGUGAACUUGCAAAAAAAGGUUACAGUUGGUAGUAAUAUUUUUCAUGUUAAAAUGUGAACCAGGCUAUCGCUUUCUCGGAAGAGAAACUGUUUAGUUUAGUUUUUAUUCUCUUAAUGAAACUUUUAAAAAGUUGCUUUUUAUAGAUGCAAAGAGGGACGGAUACCAAGUUUUGUAUACAAAGGAGUGUCAAAAAAAAAAAGAUGGUUUGAUUUGAAUUUGUCAUAGCAAAAGGUUUUUGGUAUGGUCAUAUACUAAAUA